UCUCCGCCAUGACAGUCGCCCUUGAAAGGUGCUGUGUGUGAGUGCAGAGAGAGAAAUGUCUGUGUCCAGGACCGGUGGAGGGAAAACCCUCGACAUAGUAAAGAAUUUACCGCGGAUAACACUAGCUAACCUUCGCCCAAAUCCUGGAGCAAGGAAAAAUGAAAAACGUCGGGGCCGUGGCAUGCAUGGUGGGAAUAAGAGUGGACGAGGUCACAAGGGUGAACGACAGCGCGGGAACCGCCCCCGGCUGGGCUUUGAGGGGGGACAGACCCCGUUUUACUUGAUCAUUCCUAAAUAUGGCUACAAUGAGGGACACAGCCUUCGGCAUCAAUACCCACCGCUGUCUCUGCGGAGGUUGCAGUAUUUGAUAGACGUUGGCCGAUUGGACCCCUCUCAGCCCAUAGAUCUCACCCAGCUGGUCAAUAGCAGAGGGGUCACCAUUCAGCCACUCAAACGGGACUACGGAGUUCAUCUUGUAGAUGAGGGAGCUGACAUAUUCUGUGCUAAGGUGAAUCUGGAAGUACAGCUGGCAUCUGAAGCAGCUAUUGCUGCAGUGGAACGCAAUGGUGGUGUAAUCACAACCAGCUACUAUGAUCCCCGCAGCUUACAGAUCCUCAUUAAGCCAGUACCAUUCUUCAUGACUGGCCAGCCCAUUCCAAAACGAAUGUUUCCUGGUGAAGACCUCCUGCCGUACUACAUAGAUGCCAAUAACCGAGGUUACCUCGCUGACCCAGAGAAGAUCCAGGCCGCCCGACUAGCACUCUCAAAGAAAUAUGGCUACACGUUACCAGACAUCUCAACAGAAACAGCGUGUAAAAUGUUAGCGGAGCGGAAAGAUCCCCGGCAGAUAUUUUUUGGAUUGGCACCAGGCUGGGUAGUGAAUAUGGCUGAAAAGAAGAUUCUUAAACCCACUGACAAGGACCUUUUGCAAUACUACAGUUCAUAAUGUUUCAUGUUACUCAGUGAUACCCAAAUGUAGGUCUACGUCUUUGAAUAAUGUUUGGAUAUGUAAAUAUGUAUUAUUGUUUACAUUCAUUAGUAAUAAAAUGUCACCAUGCUUAA